GUGCCGAGCUUCAGCCACCAUCAGGUCAGGCCAGGAAAGUGGUCUGCAACAACGAAAGGAGUAUUACAUCAAAGGAAGAUACCUGAGGAGCUCCCCCCACCCCGAGCUCGAGGAGGACACAGAAGAUGAGCAUGAGGAGCAGGACAGCUCUGCAAACUUGAGCUGGGUGAUUGAGAAUCCCAUAAGCACUGAGGUCGUCUGCUGGGCCACCCAGGAAGCCCCAUUCAGGAUCACAAGGCCACCAAGGACCGCCUGAAAGUGACAGUGACAAAAUCGCAACCUGGUACCUCCCUGUCCUCCAAAGACAAUGGGUCCAGAUCAGAGUCAGGCUGGUGUCAGUGCCUGAUAUCCAAGGGGCUCACCUGGCAAAGGCCAGAAAGCUUGGAGAGGCAGCCUGGCAGCCACCGGAAGUCCCCACACCAAAACCAAAGCAGACGUCAGCCUGGGCGGGUGGGGGGCAAAGGGGCCGCCUGAACCAGCCCCGGAGAGAGGGCCUGAAUGGGUGGGUUCCAGGGAGUUUCAGGGUCACGCGGGCCAGAUCUCCUGCCUCCUGCAAGGAAGCCAAUAACCCAGUCAUUUCUCCCCAGAUGAAAGCCUGCGUUUUCAACGGACACAAGAGGGGGAAGCCAAACAAUGGAAAAUGUAGCCAGCUGGGGAUGGGGUGGGGCCCAGCCUCCCCCUGCCCACUGUCCUCAAGGUGGACCAUAAAGAAAAGUGCAGGAGUCUGGGUGCUCCGAGUCGUUGGCCCUGCAUGGGCCUGCUCAGCCACAGAGGAGAGGGGCGGAGGGAAGGACAUCUGCAUACAGGAAACCACAGCAGGCAGAGGAGCGGAGAAGAAAGCUUGGAACAGCCUGGGGCACUGGACUCAGGGAGGGCCUGGGAGGCCCAGAAGGCCCCCCCACUGCAGCAGGGGGACGGUGGGGUGGUUGGUGGGACCCCAAAACCACGAAUGUACCAAUGUCCUCUUUAAUUCCUACGACAUCUCUGGGCGGGGCGGUGGGGGGGGAGGUUGUCAUGCCCAUCUUCCAGAUGAGGAAACUGAGGAAUCAGAGAGCUUGCCCAGGGUCACACAGUCUCUGAGUGACAGAAUCAGGACUGGAGCCUGUAUCUGCCAGUCACCCCCAGCCCCCAGCACGGCUAAAGGAGAAAAAAUCGGGGAAGGGGACUCUGGUAAGAAGGGGACUGCAGAUUGUCUGUGUGGGUGGGGCUGUGGCUUUUCCUCCUGGCCCCGCCUCUGCCCCUCCCAGUACUGCCUGCAAGUGUGAGGUGAGAGCUCCUCCUUGCACACCCCUAACCCUUAGGGAAGGGAUUGAGCCCCCUCCCCCACCCCCAGGCUCUCCCCAGGAGAGGACCCCCCCUCCUCCUCCUCACCAACCCCUCCUGGGGCAGGGAGCGCUUCCCCCUGCAGCCCCUGCCCGUCUGACCCCCCCGUGCAGCGGAGCAAGAUGACGGUCAAGCUGGAUUUCGAGGAGUGUCUCAAAGACUCACCCCGCUUCCGAGCCUCUAUCGAGCUGGUGGAAGCUGAGGUGUCAGAACUGGAGACCCGGCUGGAAAAGCUCCUCAAGCUGGGUAACGGCCUCCUGGAAAGUGGCCGCCAUUACCUUGCGGCCGGCCGCACCUUCAUUGCUGGCAUUUGUGACCUGGCCCGUCUGGGUCCUCCCGAGCCCAUGAUGGCGGAGUGUUUGGACAAAUUCACCGAGAGCCUCAGCCACAAGCUGGACAGCCAUGCGGAGCUGUUGGACGCUACCCAGCACACCCUGCAGCAGCAAAUCCAAACCCUGGUCAAGGAGGGUCUCCGGGCUUUCCGAGAGGCUCGCCGGGAUUUCUGGAAGGGGGCUGAGAGCCUGGAGGCUGCUCUCAUCCACAAUGCCGAGGUCCCCCGGCGCCGGGCCCAGGAGGCCGAAGAGGCCGGAGCCGCUUUGAAGACUGCGCGGGCCGGGUACCGGGGACGAGCACUGGACUACGCACUGCAGAUCAACGUGAUCGAGGACAAGAGGAAGUUUGACAUCAUGGAGUUUGUGCUGCGUCUGGUGGAGGCCCAGGCUACCCAUUUCCAGCAGGGCCACGAGGAGCUGGGCAGGCUGGCCCAGUAUCGCAGGGACCUGGGUGCCCAGUUGCACCAGCUGGUCCUGAAUUCGGCUCGCGACAGGAGGGACAUGGAACAGAGGCACGUGCUGCUGAAGCAGAAGGAGCUGGGCGGGGAGGAGCCAGAACCCAGCCUAAAGGAGGGGCCUGGCGGCCUGGUCAUGGAAGGACACCUCUUCAAACGGGCCAGCAACGCAUUUAAGACUUGGAGCAGACGCUGGUUCACUAUUCAGAGCAACCAACUGGUUUAUCAGAAGAAGUACAAGGACCCUGUGACUGUGGUGGUAGACGACCUUCGUCUCUGCACCGUGAAGCUCUGCCCUGACUCGGAAAGGCGGUUUUGCUUUGAGGUGGUGUCCCCCAGCAAGUCCUGCUUCCUGCAGGCCGACUCGGAGCGCCUCCUGCAGCUGUGGAUCAACGCCGUGCAGAGCAGUAUAGCCACGGCCUUCAGCCAGGCCCGCCUCGACGACGGCCCCUGGGGGCCAGGCCAGGGCUCAGGACCCCUGGCCGUGGGCUCCUCCGCCACGCUGGGCUGUGGCGGAACCGCCAGGGGACGGGAAUCCGGCGGUGCUGGGCACGUGGCAGCCCAGGUGCAGAGCGUGGACGGCAACGCCCAGUGCUGUGACUGCCGAGAGCCAGCCCCCGAGUGGGCCAGCAUCAACCUUGGUGUCACCCUCUGCAUCCAGUGCUCCGGGAUCCACAGGAGCCUUGGAGUUCAUUUCUCCAAAGUCCGGUCCCUGACCCUUGACUCGUGGGAACCAGAGCUGGUGAAGCUCAUGUGCGAGCUGGGGAAUGUAGUCAUCAACCGGAUCUAUGAGGCCCGGGUGGAGGCCAUGGCCGUGAAGAAACCUGGGCCCAGCUGCUCCCGGCAGGAGAAGGAGGCCUGGAUUCAUGCCAAAUACGUGGAAAAGAAGUUCCUGACCAAGCUUCCGGAGAUUCGAGGGCGGAGAGGGGGCCGGGGGCCCCCCAGGGGGCAGCCUCCCGUGCCCCCAAAGCCUUCCGUCCGGCCCCAGCCCGGGAGCUUCAGAUCCAGGCCAGAGCCCCCCUCUGAUGACCUGGGCGCCCUCCACCCUGGGGCCCUGCUGUUUCGAGCUGCUGGGCAUCCUCCCUCCCUGCCCACCAUGGCUGAUGCCCUUGCCCACGGAGCUGACGUCAACUGGGUCAACGGGGGUCAGGAGAAUGCCACUCCGCUGAUCCAGGCCACGGCUGCUAAUUCUCUUCUGGCCUGUGAGUUUCUCCUCCAGAACGGGGCGAACGUGAACCAAACGGACAACCACGGCCGGGGGCCGCUUCACCAUGCGACCAUUCUCGGCCACACGGGGCUGGCCUGCCUGUUCCUGAAACGGGGGGCCGACCUGGGAGCCCUGGACUCAGAAGGCAAGGACCCGCUGACCAUCGCCAUGGAAACAGCCAACGCUGACAUCGUCACCCUGCUGCGACUGGCAAAGAUGAGGGAGGCCGAAGCGGCUCAGGGCCAGGCAGGAGACGAGACGUAUCUGGACAUCUUCCGCGACUUCUCCCUCAUGGCGUCGGACGACCCGGAGAAGCUGAGCCGGCGUAGCCACGACCUCCACACUCUUUGAUCCCAGGCCUUCGUGGGCCCGCAGCCCCCAGUCCCCUCUCCCCGGCCGCUGGCCCCUCGGUCAAUAAAGCCGCCGUGCUUUGCGC